AUGCAUUUUCCCACAGAUUUGGUCCGCGGCGGGUUCCAGCCGCGCCUUCCGACUUCGCUGCCGCCCCCAGGGCAGCAGCAGCAGCCGUCGCCGCUACCACGCCGACAGCCCGUCCCGUUGAUGCCUCCCGCGCAGCUUCAUCCGGGAGCGGCCCAGGUGGUCGCUCCGGCGCCUGCGGUCCCCCUUCAGUCGCCACCGCCUUCGGAGCUGAUGGACGUCGACCCCUCAGCCGGGCCGCCUUCCCAAGCGGUGGCUGUGCAGCCUGUCCUGCAGCCGCUUUCCUUGGGCACCCCCAAGGAGUCUGACACCGCAGCGCCUUGUCCGGCGUCCACUCAGCAGCCGUCGACGCAGCGUCAGGAGACGCUGCCUCUCUUCGUGGGUCCCGACGCCCCGUCGCGUCCAGUACCAGAAGCUGCGCCCGUGGUCACAGGUUACACAAACACAACAAAAAUUUAA